AGCACUCAGGGAGUUGAGGCAAGAGGAGUUCAAGCCCAGCCUAAUCUAGAUAAGUGUGUUUCAGGUUGGCCUGGGCCACAGUAAGACCCUGUCUCAAUAAAUAAAUAGAGUGCCAUUGAACUGACUUUUACAUUUUGUCUUUAUUUCUGAGUUUUUAGCACUUAAGAAAGAUGAUGCACUAUGAUACAAUAUUCACAAAAUAAUAGUUCUAUGAUAAUGAUAUAUAUUAUUAUAACUUGGAAGCUGUUGACAUGACAUGGCAUGUUAGAAAUCUUGACUAAUGUUGGCAACUUCUACUUAUAUUCUAUCUAAACAUGAAGUUAUAUUAGGGAACAUGGAAACAGGCUCCACUGUGGAGUAGCUUACAUGGUAUAAGUAACGUUGGUCAUUUUAAUUUCAGUUAAUAAUUCUUUGGUGGACUUUGAUAGAUUACAAGGUCUUUAGCAGAUGCUUGGGAAGGUGGAGUAGGGAUGGAUUUUUUUUUUGUGUGUGUGUGCAUAAUUUUUUUUUCAUCUCAGAAUUUUUCUUUUCUGAGAAAAAAAAAUGUCUGACCCACAGUGAUCUCAUAUCACAGUCCUAGAGACAAUGUACAGGAUGUCCUCUAACCAUGAGAACUGCUCUGCAUACCCAGUUCAGGUGUUGGACUAUGUGGCACUAGGUUGCAGCAUUGCUACAGUGGAAUCUGAGCACCAGGUGCCACUGUGCAUUUCAUUUUCAGAAGACAUUUGGAAGCAGAAUGGACUUUGAGCUGAAAAAACCCUGAGCUACCUGAGCACAGUUGUGAAGCAGCAGCCUGGACUUCCUGUUCAUCUGAUGUAGGAAGCUUGGACUACUUUAAUUGGAAGGAGUAAGACAUUUGUUCCUUUACCUGUUGUACUUCAAAAUGCUUGCAUUGAUUUUAGUAGCUUUGCCAAGUCGGACCUCUUUCACUCAUAAAAAAUUUAAAGAUGACUCUGAUGACAUUUCACCAAGUAGCUGGAAAAUUUCAUUUGGUCACAUAUCCACACCUGUCAGCGUACAUUUGUCAAGGAUUUUAUUUUAAGAUGCUUGACAAUGGAAAACCAAAAAACUUAGUUCUUGAAGACCUUUUUUAAAAAAGCCAAGAAACCAGAGUAUUUGAUAGAGGUAUCUAAAUGGGAUUCUUAAGACCUCAUUCUUUAGAAGAACAAAGAUAAAUUUUGGCUCUUUGUGAGGUUUAAAGUUGGACUGACCAUUCCUGCCACUCAUCUCUGAGACCUGCUUCACACUGGCAUGCGUCUCUCCUGAGCCUGGAUCCAUACUUGUUCAGUCAUCUGACAUUGCCAUUUGACUUCACAAAGUAGCCCCACCAUACACUAAGUAAAUGCUUGAUCAUCUUACCUUGUACCAAGAUCUGGAACUUGACUCUGUUGCUUUCUUUUUUUAAAGAUGGCUGAUCCUUGGCAGGAGUGCAUGGAUUAUGCAGUAACUCUAGCAAGACAAUCUGGAGAGGUGAUUCGAGAAGCUCUAAAAAAUGAGAUGAAUGUUAUGAUUAAAAGUUCUCCAGCUGAUUUGGUAACAGUUACUGACCAAAAAGUUGAACAGAUGCUUAUCUCCUCCAUAAAGGAAAAGUACCCGUCUCACAGUUUCAUUGGUGAAGAGUCUGUGGCAGCUGGGGAAAAGACUGUCUUCACUGACAACCCCACGUGGAUCAUUGACCCUAUUGAUGGAACAACCAACUUUGUGCAUAGGUUUCCCUUUGUAGCUGUUUCAAUUGGUUUUGUUGUGAACAAAAAGAUGGAGUUUGGAGUUGUGUAUAGUUGUGUGGAAGAUAAGAUGUAUACUGGCAGGAAAGGAAAAGGCGCCUUUUGUAAUGGCCAGAAGCUUCAGGUCUCACAACAAGAAGAUAUUACCAAAUCGCUGUUGGUGACAGAGUUGGGCUCUUCCAGAAAGCCAGAGACUAUGCGAAUUGUUCUUUCAAACAUGGAAAAGCUUUGUUCUAUUCCCAUUCAUGGAAUCCGGAGUGUUGGAACAGCUGCUGUUAAUAUGUGCCUGGUGGCGACUGGAGGCGCAGAUGCAUAUUAUGAAAUGGGGAUUCACUGCUGGGACAUGGCAGGAGCUGGCAUCAUUGUCACUGAAGCAGGUGGAGUGCUGAUGGAUGUUACAGGUGGACCAUUUGAUUUGAUGUCACGAAGAAUAAUUGCUGCAAGUAAUAGAGUGUUAGCUGAAAGGAUAGCCAAAGAAAUCCAGAUCAUCCCUUUACAAAGGGAUGAUGAAGCUUAGGUCCACGGAACAGCGCCAUGCUCAUUCACUUGUUUUUCCCAGACUUGUGGAUGUCUAUUUGAGAUGUGUAAUGUCUUUGAGGUCCUAGUCCUGAUUUUAAAAUGGGAACUUUUUAAAAAAACAGAUGUGUACAAAAAUGGAAUGUUUGAAUAAAGAAAAAAAAUUCUGCAUGUAAGAAUAUCUUUGGGGAAAAAUGUACAGAAAGUAUAAUUCAUGAGCUAGCCAUUGAAAUAGUCAACUGUCUACAUGGGCCUCUUAAAUUUUAAGAUACUAUUUAUAUACAUAAAUUCUCAAUUACAAAGUUACCUUUUUGGAAAAAAAUUUCUCUUUGUUCCAAAAGCCAUAUUUAGUUAAGUUCAUAGGGUUGCGCAGAUAGAAUCUCUAUUAGCAGAAAUCCUUGUUUAUUUUCUUAAUCACCAUACAUACAGCACCUGUCACAUUACCUGUCCGACAGUAGGCUAUCCAAAAGGUUGGCUAUUAGUGAAUAUUUUAAGCUGCAAUUCCUACUAAUAAUGGGUAUACAGUAAGUUAACUGUUCCAUAUUUGCUUCCUGUUUCGAAGCAAAAGUUACCUCACUGUCUUUUCUCUAUUUCAUGUUGUCCUACCAUUUCAUGUGACUGCCCUGCCAGAGUGUGCUUACUGUGCGCGUCUCUGCAGUUACUGUACUUACUACCAGUCCCCCAAACCUGGAGAUGGUCUGGAUGUAGGUUCCUUUUAAAGGCAGAAUGCAAAAUGCCCUCCUCAGUUAUCUGGUCUAGUUAGUUACAGAAUAAUGUUUUACUAACUUCAAUAUUUAAAAUUUUUUUUUUAAUUUUUAAAUUUUUAUUUAUUUUUUGGUCUUUUUGAGACAGGGCCUACCUAUAGCCUGGCUCUACUAAACUCAAUACUCACAUUAAGAUAUUCACAUUGACUUUGGCUGUGGUGAUAGAUGCAUUGCAGUAUUAAUACUGAACUGUUUGAUUACUUCCCAAAUUUCUUACUGAAUUUCAUCAUUGCUGCCCAGUUUAUAUAUUGUAUAAUGGCCAUCAAUCUUAAAAAAAAUUAUAAUGGUCCAUAUUUAUUUUUAAAGAUUUAGUAUUUAGCCUUGUCCCUUGGCAUGUAAACAGUUUUCUUUGUUCUAAGAACAUAUGAACCAUGUAUUUGAUAAAUGAAGUGUUUAUGUAAGUUUCAAGGUAGGGAUUGUUUUAUUGCUGGAUACAUUUGAUACGUUAAAUCUAUAUGAUACUCUGAUUUGGGUAUUAUAAUUAAUGUAUUUGUAUUGUUAAUCACAUGUACUUAAAACAUCUCACACUGUAUAAUUCUAUCACAAGACAUUGUUUUUACAAUUAAAUUAUUUUAAGACUA